UUUUUGAAGCAAAGGGAAGUGAAGUCUUAUAAAACCUUCUCUGAGUUUUGUUGAGCUUCUUUCCUAAUUUGCGCCAUUAAUUCUCUCUGAUUAUCGUGCGCCGUUCGCCGGAGAUGUUGUUGACGCCGGCUUCUCAAACUGCCUUUCUUAUUAGAAGAAUCUCGAGAUACAGAGCUUACUGAACGGAGAAAACGGGAAAACGGAAAAACGGAAAAAGGGGAAAGAUCUGUUUGAUACUGGGAACUGAUAUUGUAUUUGGGUUUUUUUUUUUCUUUUCUCUCUUCCGAUGGACGGCCAAAAGAAUCAGGCGAAACUUACAAGAACUCAAUCUUCGCUUCUUCGUUCAUCCCCCACUGUACGUUCGAUUCAGAGUCUGUCUUCGGUUACGGAAGAGGAUGUAAUCGAACACGAAAAUGAAGACCGGAAUCGGAAGAACAAGAAGCUUCGUCGGAGCCGGUCAUCGGCGAGGAAUUGGUCGAUGUGUUUUACUAACCCUGUUAUGGGUUUGGCUUUGCUUGCUUGUUUCACUCUCUCCUCCAUUUCUUGCUUCUGUUUCUUCUUUUAUACACGGAAGGAAGAGAUUGCGACUUCGGAGAAUCUUCUACUGGCGUUGGUUUUCGUCGCGAUUGCGCUCUUCUUCGCCAACAAAAACAAGGGUUUAAUCCAGCAGACGGUUUCGAUUUUGAAACAAUCAUGGGAUGAAAAUGCGCGACGGUUUGGGUUUUCGAGUAGCAAUGCGAAGCCGGUGAAAUGGUUUAUUGGUAGUCCGAACCCCAAUUUGGAAACCAAGAAGAAGAGGCAAAUUAUCAGAGAAGGGGUCGAGUUCUACAGUAAUGGGGAUUUCUACGAAGGUGAGUUUCAUAAAGGGAAGAGCAAUGGAAGUGGGGUUUACAAUUACUUCGCGAAUGGAAGGUAUGAAGGGGAUUGGAUCGACGGCCGAUACGAUGGGUAUGGAAUUGAGAGCUGGGCAAGAGGAAGCCGGUACAGAGGCCAAUACAGGCAGGGUUUGAGGCAUGGAUUUGGGGUUUAUAGGUUCUACACAGGGGAUUCUUAUGCAGGGGAAUGGUAUAAUGGACAGAGCCAUGGGAUUGGUAUACAAACUUGCUCUGAUGGCAGCUGUUAUGUGGGCGAGUUCAAGCAUGGCGCUAAGCACGGCCUUGGCUGUUACCAUUUUAGGAAUGGAGAUAGAUAUGCAGGGGAGUAUUUUGGGGACAAAAUACAUGGAUUUGGUGUGUAUCACUUUGCCAAUGGGCAUUGUUAUGAAGGAUCAUGGCAUGAAGGGCAGAAGCAAGGUUUCGGCAUGUACACAUUCCGAAACAUCGAGAGUCGAUGUGGCGAAUGGGAUGCCGGUCAUCUCAAGAACCCUCUUCCCCCCCUUACUGAUUUAGUCCUUGGAGCAGUACAGGCUGCUCGGAAGACGGCAGAGAAUGCGAUUAAGAUCGAGCCGGUGGACGACGAGGUGAACAAGGCAGUAGUAGCUGCAAAUAGAGCGGCUAAUGCUGCUAGAGUUGCUGCAGUGAAAGCUGUUCAAAACAGAAUGAAAGGGGAGUUUUGUGAUAUAGGGGUUUAAACAACAAAAAAAAAGUGUAAAGUUUGACUAAUUUGAGUACUUUGUGGAAGAAACAACCACCCUGCUGAGCAAAAAGCUCAUCAGAGGUUGAGGGAAGCUUUUUUUUUUUUCUUUUAGCUUUUUUGUCUCUUAUUUUUAUUUUUUUUCAAUGGUGAUCACAAUCUAACAUGUAUAUACUUCCUUGUAUAUCAAUGCAAGCUUCAUCUUUCAUCAA